CUCUACAACAAAAUAGAGAGCUUUUUGACACAAAAAUGAUUGUAAGCAAUUUAAAAAGUGGUGUAGCAGAAGAUAAAAUUGCUUUAUGGGAAGAACUGAAGAUAAUCGCAUUUGCCAGAUUAGCUACUCUUGUUUAUGCUGGUGCAAUGAUAGUUAUCAUGCUAAGAACCCAGCUCAACAUCAUAGGCGGCUAUAUUUAUUGUGAAUCCAAAAAAAACAGCAAUGGUUGCACAGAUAGUCCUGUUACCAUAUCAAACGAACAUCAGGAGCAAUACUUGUCAAGUUGUCAACACUUUCUAACGGUUGGAAUAGAAGAGUUAAGCUCACUAAUUGAGAAGAAAGUCAGAUUAGUUUUGGAGAAUGAAUCUUUGAAAAAACCACUGUCGUUGCCAGAUAUUGAACGAUACUUCUGGGCAAUCCAGUCCUCCAUUUCCUCCGAUGUCAAGAACCCCAUAAAAAACUUGUCCACAUUUGUUCUAGCGUCCUCGUCCACAGGACAGCCCACCGAUAUUGUUCCUUACAAUGAGCCAUUGCUGAAGAAUCUAUGGGAAGAAACCAUCGACCUAAUAAGCAGUAGUGAAGUAAGGUCGUUGGGCACUUCGUGCGUGAGUCGAGGCUUUUCUCAAGUGAUGGAUCGAAUAUCCGAGUUUGUGAUUCCACCCCGUGAGAGUAGUGGCGACACUGCAACCACACAAGCUGUGCCUUCAACUUCAGCUGCAUGCCAAAAACUACUAUCAUCAGUCACUCAGACCUCGGUCCCAAACGGCACUAUUGUUAGUAUUAAUAAAUCUACCAUUCCAAUGGCCAAGUUGAUUCCAAUAAUUAAUGGCAUGUCAGGAAGCUCGGCUUGUGAUCAAUGGAUGCAAGAUUUCAUCAAUAUGCGCAAUCUCAAAGUGUACGGUGCUAAUGUUUAUGAAGCAUUCUGCUGCAAUACUAAUGUCCGAUUUGAUAAUAGGUGAUGGAUAAUUAUAGUAUACGGAUUUUUUGUCGUUCAUCAGUAUUCUUAAUCAUUUUUAAUUUUCAAGGAAAUAUUGAACCCCGUAAGCAACUACAAUAGUUGGAUAACUCAUUCAUGCAGCCUUUACAUACUCCAUUUUCUCCGUUCUCUUUCAAUGGUCUAUUCGUAAAAAAUUAUUAUUCAAUUGGAACAUGGAUAGGGUAAUACCAUAGAGAAACAAUAGCAUAAAUAGAUAUCCCAUGGUAUAGGACGUUUAUUUCGCAACUUUUACUGUU